AUGAAUAAUGAAAAUACAGAGUAGCUUUUUUCUGGAGUAUAGGCUAUCAAGAAAACAAAAGCUUAUUCAAACAAGUAAAAUGAAAUCUUAAAUAAUAAUACUUAUAAAGUAAUCUUUUUUAAGAAAAAUAAACCAAUCUUACAUCAUCAAUCAAUUAAUUCUGGGCAUAUUUUAGUUUAGGUCUCUAAUUCAUUAAAUAAGACUUAACAAUUUAAACCUGAUUACUAAGCCUAAAUUGAUUUAGAUGCUGAGGUUAAAUGUAAUGAACUAUUAAUCCUUUAGGUUUUAGUAUUGGAAGAUAAGAUAAAGAAUAAGUCGAUCUAGAUAAUAAUUACUCGGCAGUUGUUCUCUUCAAUAGAGUUGUAUGUCCAAAUGAAGAAAUGAUGAGUCCUUUCCAUUUACUUGUCGAUUAUUCUAAUUUAAUUUGUGUUAUGACUCUGGAGGAUCAUUGUAAUCAAUUUAUACAUUAACUCUAUUCUGAAAAAAAUCCAAAAACUAUUUCUUUUAAAACAAUGGAAUUAAUAGCCAGAUCCAUUUAUUAAAAUAAAUAGAAAAUAAGAAUUUAAGAUAUUUCAUCAAUGAGAGGUUAUCCUACAUUUAUUUAAAUUACUAGAAAAUGUGAGAAUCAAAUACUUGAAGAUAAUAAUAUAUUUAGAGUAGGUUAUUAACCAUAAUUAACAGUUAGAAAAAUAUAUUCUAAAUUUCUUCAUUUUUUUUAACGAUAUUCAUCAUUAGAUAAUUUAAUAGACAUGGUUUUUGAAGCUUUAUAAUCUCUAUAAUCAAAAGUUCAAUUUUCAGGAAUUGAUGAAAGUAUAUCAGAAUUGUUUAUGCAUAUUUAAGACAGAACCAUAAAUAAAGCUGAAUAUCUUUCAUAAUUAGAGGAGGAAAAUCUGAUGAUACAAUCUGUAAAUAAUAUUAUACUUAAAAUUAGAAAUUAUAUGCAGCUUUAGAGAAAAAUUGCAUUUUAUUAUAAACAUAAAGAGAUGAAAAUCCUAUCGAACAUUUCUUACUUGUAGCUGAUUAAAAAAAUAAAUUUUUUUUUGGUCGAAUGGAAUUCUCAGAUAUUUCAUUCUAAUCCACUUAAGUAUCUAGAAAUCAUGGUACUAUAGAGUUUGAUCCUGCUACAAAUAAUUGGAUUAUUAUGGAUGGUUAAAUGUCGAGUGAUAGUUGGAAAUUCAGUACUUUUGGUGUGUGGCUUGAAAUUAAACCAAAGACAUUUUAUUAUAUUGAUCCUGAUCAAAUUAUUAAAGUCGGAUCAACUAAUAUUAAAUUAAAAGCUAUGAAUUUAUUCAUUAAUUAAGAAGAUACUGAUAAUGAAAAUUAAAUGGAAAAAAUGAUCAAAAAAAGAGAACAAGAAAUUGAAGAUUUAAAAAAUGAAUUACUUAAAUUAUGA